AACAACGGUGUCGUCAGAUUGAAUUGCUGUUGCUAGUCGGACAGCUUUUGGUGAGGGAACCGGAAGUGAGUUUUUUCUCCCGGAUGUACGAGACUGUUUGUGUUUCAGAGUUAUGCCAAUAAAAGCCUAGGACGCAAGGUGCUCUAACCGUCCAUUCUGUACGGUCAGCGAGAACGGAACAGAGUGAAGCGCGUGUGUAGUAAUUGGCGACGUGAAGAGAGUGUUGGACGAAACGCUAACUCGUUAGCACGUAAGCUAACUGCGGACAGAGUCUCCAAUGGAAGGUCUGAGACCGCCGCCGAUUCUUUCUUUGCAUUCAAGCAAUUUGGCGAAGACGUGGAAAACGUGGAAAGAGCAAUUCACAUUGUACGUGGAACUGACAAUGCCGAACGCAGAGGAAGACACGAAAUGCAAGCUGUUUCACCUCCUCAUCGGCGAAGAAGGUAGACAACUGUUGAGCACGUGGUGGAGCGAUGAUGUGUCCGCAGGGAACACCGUGAGGGAUGUGAUGAGAAAGUUUGACGAACUUUGGAACCCGAAGCUAAACGAAACCGUGGCGAGAUACGCAUUCUUCACGAGAGAUCAAGCAACGGGAGAAAAUGUCGACAAGUACGUUACAGAAUUAAGAGUUUUGGCCAGCACCUGUAAUUUUGAGCAAUUAAAAGACUCCUUGAUUAAAGACAGAAUAGUGUGUGGCACAAACGACAAUGGGCUGAGAGAAAGACUGCUAAGAGAAGAGAAUCUAACAUUGGAAAAAUGCUUGAAGAUCUGCAGAGCGUCAGAGCUGUCACGAGAAAACUGGAAAACACUGCAAGGGCAGACGCUGAAUGAAGUGUAUUCAGUCAAAGAAGAAAAGAAAAGCAAAGAUCUCGGUCCUGAGCGGCAGGUCACGCAAUUUGCCACCAUCAAAGAGGAGGAGGAGCUCGAGCCUCUUCACAUCAAAGAGGAGGAACGGGAGGAUGACAUCGACGACGUUCCGUUCAUCGGCGUCACUGCGAAAAGUGACAAAGACGUCAGUGAAGAAGAUCUUCAUCCUGAGUCACCUCACGUUCAGGAGGAAGAGGACUAUCGUGUUGGCAAGAUGCCGCCGACCUUUGCCCCUUUGACCGUUGAACAAGAUGAAGAGGAAUGCCAAAAUGAGCAGAGCAGGGGGGCGCACCCUCCAAGCUGCAGCUCAAGUCAACCCGCGUCAACUGAAGUCGGUGCAGGACACCGGGGACGAUCCCGUGCAGACGGCCUCUCGCCUCCGCUGCCCCAUGAUGGCGACAUCACAUCACAUGCUCAUUCUACUGACGAUGAUGAAGAUGACGAAGGCUCUCACGGCGAUCAGAUAUGUCACACAGACAACAAGUGCUGGAAAUGUUCUCAGUGUGACAAAACAUUUGAUGCCCAGUGUAACUUGAAGGUGCACGUGACAAUGCACACUGGAGAAACCCCCCUUACCAGCGCGGCUUGUAGUCAAAGGUUGACUCAAACAGCCACUUUGGCAAAGCACAAAAAAACACACGUCGGGGAGAAAUAUUUUGCGUGCUCGGUCUGCCACCAGAAAUUUAGGAAGCACUGUAACUUAAAAGCACACUUAAGAACGCACACGGGAGAGAAACCUUUUGUCUGCUCGGUCUGCGAUAAAAGAUUUACUGAAAGGGGACAUUUAAAAAAGCACUCAAGAACGCACACCGGGGAGAAACCCUUUGCCUGCUCAGUGUGUGGUCACCGAUUCUCUGAUAGGCGCAACGUGAGAAAUCACGCAAGAACCCAUACUGGAGAGAAACCGUUUGCCUGCUUCCUUUGCGGCAAAACAUUCGCCCAGAAGGCGCAUUUAAAAAGGCAUGCUCGAACACACACCGGGGAGAAACCCUUUGCCUGCUCAGUGUGUGGUCAACGAUUCUCUGAUAGGGGCGGCGUGAGAAUACACGCAAGAACCCACACUGGAGAGAAACCGUUUGCCUGCUUCCUUUGCGGCAAAGCAUUCACCCAAAAGACACAUUUAAGACAGCACGCGAGAACGCACACCGGAGAGAAGCCGUUCAGCUGCAGCGUGUGCGAUAGACGCUUCACUAACAAGUAUCGGGUCACGAAACAUAAUUGUGCUGGGGAGAACAGCAGCGCUCGGUGAACCGAGACACUGACGUGGUGCCGUCUAUUCCCCAGCAUGAGGUGAUUUUCGAAUUGCCACGCAGGCGUUAACGCACUGAGCGUGGGCAGGGCGCGCAACGUCGGCGAGUCUGCGUGCUGGUUUCUGGGAAUGACCCGUGGUCAACUUCAGCCCCCAUGUCAGUGUUUGAAUGUUGUUACCGAUUUGUUGCUUUACUGUUGUAUAUGUUCGUUGCUCCGUGUACAGCACUUUGCAUGCAGCGAUGGCUGUUUGAAAGUGCUCGAGAAAUGCAGUUGAGUUGUAAUGUUCUUCAAAUUCCGAGAGCUAUUUCGAGCAUUUGGGGUACGAGACGAUUCAAGGGUGGUUCAUGUUCAAGUGGAACGAUGUGCGUUGAUUCGGCGGGCUUCCGAUCCAA